AUGAAUUCUCAAGAAUUACCUUUUCAAAAAAGAACAGAACCAAAGACAGAGUCAACAUUUUUUGAAUAUCUAUCUUCUUUUACAACUACUGUAAUGAAUCAAUUGUCUUCUUCAUUUAUUCCACACUUUACAUAUAAUGGAAAUCCUUAUGUUUAUAAUGCUAUUUGUGAUUGUCUUAACGAUUUAAAUUAUAGCCGUUUAGAGUAUCAAUGUAAUAAUGGUAUUCCAGCUGAAUUACGUGCAUACGUUUGGUAUGCGUUAUUACUUCGCCCAUCAAAUCCGUGGGAAAUUAAACACCUUUAUUCUGAAGAAAAUGGAAAAGAAUAUAAAUCUUUACAAUCUAUGUUAAAUACAUUAGUUGGUAAUGAAAAAAGUUUACAAGAAGGAGUUUUUCAAAUGUCUAAAAUUGAUCAAAAAACUUUAAGGGUAAUAGAAUGUGAUAUUGUCCGUACUUUUCCAGAAGGGGCAGAAUAUCUUUUUAAAGAACCAAAAAUUACUGCAAUGCUUCGUCGAAUAUUACAAAUAUAUUCAAUUAUUCAUGUUGAUCGAGGAUAUUUCCAAGGAUUAAAUGAUAUUGUUGGUAUUAUUAUAACUGCGUUUAUGGAACCUAAACAAAUAAAUGGUGUAUUUGUUGUUCCAAAAGAUGAUAUAUUAUUUCAAGUUGAAACAACAGUCUAUUUUGCUCUUGAAAAGAUAAUGGAUAAACUCUAUAUAAAUCAUUCAAACUCAUUUCAUGUAGACUUAUUAUGGACAGAAUUUGUUGACAUUGGUGAUCGUUAUUAUAGUUUAUUUUCAGUUGAU